AGGAGCUGGAGCUGGCCGUUCUCUGCUGCAAGGCGCCGUUGCGGGAAUUCUACCGCCGUGCGGGCUUUGGCUGUGUUGGUUUAUCGGCGUUCGUGCACGGGCGCGAUCCGUGGUGGGACAUGAAGAUGGUCCUCGCAGAGGAGGAUCUGCUUUUCGGGCAGGCGCUCUUGAAGGGCGUGAAAGGUGACGUGGGGCAAUUGGUGUCGACAGUUCUAUCGAUCGAAGUGGCGUCCUAUCCAGCGGACGAGGCGGCGACGCUGGAGUCGCUGACGUUCAGGAUGACCGAGGUGCCGGAGCUCUUCCUCGUGGCAUACGAAGGCGCCGAGAUCGUUGGCUACAUCUGCGGGACCCGCGGGGACGGUGACCACUGACGGAGGAGGCCCGUGGCCGGAGGAGCAAGAGAUCAUGAUAAUGAUACGUUCCGAGAUGUCCAGGUUUCAAGAAUUUGCCAUAUCUACUAAUGUUCCGCACCAGCUGCCCGCCAGACACUCUGGAAAGCCUGGAACGUAUCCUGAGCCAAUUUUGUUAUGACAUCGUUCUCGCCCUACGUGGGUCGCAAACGAACCGCGCAAACAUAUAAUUUUUCAGAGCUCCGCGCGGAUUUCUCGGAUCGGCGCUGGGCCCCCUUGGCGGCGCCUCCGUCGCCGCCCCAGGCGCGCUCCGCGCGCCAGGGAGGGGAUCCACGCGGACUUCGGACAGUUUAUGUUUAUGCAGUUUUUUCUCCUCUAGUGGGCGGAAGCUACAUCCGUAUCCACGGUCUCGCGGGCCGGGCCCCUGGUCCGCGCCCGCUUGGAUACGGCGCAUUUUUGCGCAGAUGCCCCG